AUGGGGAACCUGGGGAACGAGAUGGGGGAUCGUCGGAGAGUCUCGGUGGUCCAGGACGACGAGGGGAGGUCCUGGUACGACCAGCGGAAGGACCUACCCCAGCGGCCCACCCGUCGCGGCGUCAGCAGGGCCCGAUCCGACCAGGGCUCGGAGCACUCUCGCCGCGGGAGCCUGGACACCCCGAAGAGCCGCAUCCCGACCCUGGAGGAGCAGAUGGAGACGAGCAAGCUGGUUCUCCAGCUGGUAACCGACUCGAAAUUCACGAUGACCCAGGUGAACGGUCAGCGGAAGCUGGGACCACCUCCAGGUUGGACGGGACCACCUCCUGGACCGGACUGCGAGGUCUUCGUCGGUAAGAUCCCGAGGACCCUCUACGAGCACGAGAUCUACCCCAUCUUCCAGGCUGUCGGCGACAUCUACGAGAUCAGACUGAUGAUGGACUUCUCCGGGGCGAACCGAGGGUACUGCUUCGUGAUGUUCUCCAACCGGGAGCACGCCAAGAGGGCGAUUCGGGAGCUGGACAACUUCGAGAUCAGACCCGGGCGCAGGAUCGGCGUCGUGGCCAGCAUCAACAAUUGUCGCCUCUGCCUGGGACAGCUUCCUGGCAACGUCGAGACCGAGACCGUUGUCAAGGAGGUCUACUCCAUCACGGACGAGGUCGCCAAGGUGGCGGUCUACCGGAACUCCAAUGGCCAGGCCAGAUACGCAUUGAUUUCCUAUAGGACCCAUAGAGGAGCCGCCAUGGCCAGGAGGAGAUUGGUCCCCGACAGGGGGUGCCUUAUCAAGGGUGCCGAGGUCAGCAUCGACUGGGCACAUCCUGACAUGAUGCCGAUCAAUGUGGUAAGUUAA